AUGACAGCGAGAACGGACGGCAGCAGCCAUGGGGCAGCAGUUGCUGCUGGCCCUACUUGCUAUGGCUUUCCCGUCGAGUCUCUCGACGACGCAUCUGCGCUACCCGACUUCUACACCGACUUCCUCCUGCCCGAAGACGUCGAAGCGUUUAUCCAGGCUCUCGCAGGACCCGAUCCACUGCAGUCGCCAGGCGCAACUGGUGCAGAUGACGGCCAGCGCAGUCCUGCUGCCAAUUUGGACCAUCUCAGCCGUAGAGCAAGCACAACGGAGAACGGCAGCACGGCUGCGACCAUUGGUGACGGCACAUCCGCUUCAGCGAUUGCGCCUACGUCUGCGUCGUCUCUCUUCAUAACGGCCAAAAACGACUGGGCCCCGAUCUACGAAAAGGUGGUGCCGUCUGAAGAGAGCCGGGACGCACCAGCAGCAGAGGCCACAGGCUCGGGAUUCUCAAAGCCACAGCCAUCUGCCUCAAGGCCUUGGUCGUUUCUGGGUCGCAAACAAGACGUUGCGCUCGCAGCGUCAGGCUCUAUCCCGAUACUGCAGCCGCCAGCACCGCCGACACUGAGGCGAAGACGGCAUCUGCAGCAGAGACCGAAGCAACGGCAACGCGUAGCGGCAGCGUCAGCAGCAUCGACGGCGGCAGGCAAGAGGUCGCGUGCCAAGACGGGACCGGGGCGGCGCACCCAAGACGAGACGCGCGAGGGCUAUCUGUACGGACUCCUGAAGUGGCCGUUCCUGCUGGGCGUCUUUGCCUGGAUCAUCGGGCUUUCAAUAGCGUACCUGGUGACUCGGCUGUACAUCUCGUCGUAUGAACAGCUAGUGACGUGGCGUGGGCGACGCGAAAAACUGCGGAAACAACUGCGAUUUGCGCCUGACUAUCGCAGCUGGGUAGCUGCGGCAGAAGAGCUCGAUGCGUACCUGGGCAACGACCGGUGGAGGGAGGACGAUGAGUUUGCCUUUUAUGACUUCCGCACGGUGCGGCGCGUCGUUGAACAGCUGCGUCGUUGUCGGGCCCAGGCAGAGACAAAAGAAGCGGCCGACAGCGGCACGACGGUCACGGCCACGGCCAACUCUAGUGCAGCAAGACUGAGCCAGUCGAAAGAGCCGGUCGGCGAUCUUAAGGCGCUCGUGGAGGCAUGCGUAAAGAACAACUUCGCCGGUGUGGAGAAUCGGCACUUGUACAGCCAAACGUACUAUGGGACGAAAAACCUGGUGCAGAGGUUUGUCGAAGAGGUUGAGCAAAGCCUUCAGUUCCUCAGCGAGACAAAUCAGCUGGACGCAGCCGAGAGGCGCGGCCUCUUCAAGCGGUUGCACGCCAACUAUGGACGAACUGCACUGUGCCUGUCGGGUGGAGCGUCAUUUGCGUACUACCACUUCGGCGUGGUCAAGGCGCUACUGGAAGAAGAUGUGUUGCCGGACGUGAUCACUGGGACAAGUGGAGGCGCAUUGGUGGCAGCGCUGGUGGCCACACGGACCAACGACGAGCUGCGGCAGCUGCUGGUGCCGGCGCUGGCUGGACGGCUGACCGCUUGCCACGAUUCGUUCUCCGUGUGGUUACCGCGGUGGUGGCGAACGGGCGCGCGCUUCGACUCGGUCGACUGGGCACGCAGGUGCGCCUGGUGGACGCGCGGGUCGAUGACGUUUCGUGAGGCUUACGAGCGCACUGGGCGCAUCCUCAACGUGACGUGCGUGCCGGCAGACCCGCACUCGCCGACGAUCCUGUGCAACUAUCGCACCUCGCCCGACUGCGUCAUCUGGUCGGCCGUGCUGGCGUCAGCUGCUGUGCCGGGCAUCCUCAACCCCGUGGUGCUGAUGAUGAAGACGCCGGUGCCGGGAGAAGCUGGUGGCAAAAAUUACCGGCUGGUGCCGUAUUCGUUUGGCCACAAGUGGAAGGAUGGCAGUCUGCGGACAGACAUCCCGCUCAAGGCGCUUAACCUGCACUUCAACGUCAACUUCACUGUCGUCAGCCAGGUAAACCCGCACGUCAAUCUCUUCUUCUUCAGCAGCCGCGGGUCCGUUGGUCAGCCGGUGACUCACCGCAAGGGCCGCGGCUGGCGUGGCGGUUACUUGGGCUCGGCCUCUGAGGAAUACUUCAAGCAAGACCUGCGCAAGUGGCUCAAACUGCUGCGUAACUUGGAGUUACUGCCCCGGCCGCUGGGCCAGGACUGGUCGCAGUUGUGGCUGCAGCCCUUCAGCGGCACCGUGACCAUCUGGCCCAAGAGCGUGCUCUCCGACUUUGUCCAUAUCUUGUCCGACCCCAACCCGACCCGGCUGGCUCACAUGCUGCACGAGGGCUGUCAGUCCGCCUUCCCACCGCUGAACUUUGUGGCCAAUCGCCUGCGUGUCGAGCGUAUGGUCGAGCGCGGUCGGCUUGCGUCACGCUUGCACUAUGGUAGCGAUGGUGGCGUUGGCGGUAGUGGUGAUAGUUUCUGGUCCGGCCAUCACGCCGGUGGUGGUGGCAACAUUGACUCCAUAGCCAGCGAAGACGAGUUUCAUGUCUUGCUGGCUGGUGAGGGCCCGGCUGCCAGGCGCUUCGGUAGCCGCCGUGGUCGGGCCGGUUUGGGUCUCGCCAGCACGACGGCCACGUCAGACGAAAACAUGUCCCUCUCAUCAUCGUCUUCAUCGGACGUUGAAGCUGCAGCAGCUCGACCCAGCGUCGGCGACAAGGACGACAAAGCCAGUGAAACCAGUGGGAUGGCCAGUUCGCAAAGAGCGGGAGAAGAGGGGCAGGAGAGCAUAGUGAACUAA